CGCGACCUGCCAAUUCGCGCCACGAGACACUGUCUAACAUGACCACUGUCAUUGUUCGAGUCAAUGGUGCUAAAUCAAACAAUGAUCACCCCUGCUCAGGAUGCUACCGCGUCGUCGAGUCAGCAGCAGAAGUUCAUGAGGUAUAGAUCUGUCCGGAAGUCGAAAUCAACAGAUGCGACCAACGAUUCACUGCCUCCUCCUGCGGUUCCACCUCUCCCUGUAUCUGCAAAUCAGACGUCGAUCACUCGGGUGCCUUCAAGAUAUCAUCGCAAGGUCAAGCCUGCCAUAGAGACAGAACACUCUUUCCCAGCUGCGGUUGCGCAAAAUCCAUCCCCAGUGUCACCCAUCCAGCGAGCGCCAUCCUAUGGCUCAAGCCCCGUCCAAGCGACGGGACCUUCUACAUGGGGUCAGACAAGCGACAGUUCCAGAUAUGAGGCGAGGGCCCAGACCAGCCAGUGGUCAAGCCAAUCGCACGCGCAAAGUCAAGGAGGUGAAAGAGGAGGACCACCGCCUGCCUAUGAACCACCCCGAAGGUCCUACGAAGCAGCGAGAGAGGAGGCCCGUCUCAUACUAGAAGGACAGACUGAUCGGGCAAAAGAUUUGCGAGAACAAGAAACCCGGCGUCAACGACGAGACCAACGAGCGCAUCAAGAGAAUCCGGCUGGUCGAGGGCUUGUUGAUUCUACCCCACAGGCGCAUCAGACCAGUAGAAGCAGAGACCGUCAAAUCACCGAGAGUUCAGAUCAAAAGACCAGAGAACGUUCCACAUCCAAGUCGCGUCGGCUGAUUAUGGCAGGGGCAAGGGCCCUGCGAGGGACGAAGAAGCAUCAGAGGACAUUAUCAGCCAUUGAACCUCAGAAUCAAGAUACAAAUCAGAGUCAUUAUGAUGGCGUGAGUCGCGACAAGAAUGGCCAUCGUAAGAGUGCUCCAAGCACCGGUAUGCCUGCCUAUGAUGCACCUAUAUCAGCCGUGAAUUCAGGUGAGAGACGGGUCACUGUCAAAUACAAGGAUCAGACAGUCAAUCUCCCAGUCACGCCAUCCACUACGUGCAAAGAGAUUCUUUAUUCUGCCUCGACAAUCAUAUCAGGAUCCAUUGACGCACAUAGAGCGGUCUUGUUGGAGUCAUUUCAUCAGCUCGGACUGGAACGCCCUUUGCGACGGUACGAGAGAAUACGAGAUGUGUUGAAUUCGUGGGACAACGACACCCAGCACCAUCUGGUCGUCAUGGAUGAAGUAGACUGUGCAGCGCCUGGCCUCAACGCUGCUGAUGCACCCAGUCAUGAGCCGUAUGGGGCGAACGUACAAGUGUAUCAUUCAUCAAAACCCGGGAAAUGGGACAAGCGAUGGGUGAAACUGUGGGAGAACGGACAGGUCAGUGUGUCCAAGCACGAAAGUGGUAUUGACGGCAUCAACAUCUGCCAUUUGUCAGAUUUCGACGUAUACACACCUACCACCAAACAGAUCAAGAAGAUCACGCCGCCUAAAAAGUUCUGCUUUGCGCUCAAAAGUCAAGAAAAGUCAUCGAUGUUUCUGAAUGGGCAGAAUUUUGCCCAUUUUUUCUGUACCAAGGAGAAGGAGGUGGCGGACAGAUGGUAUCAUGCCGUUCAUUCGUGGCGAAGUUGGUAUCUAGUGUGCAUGCUGGGAGAAGGUAUCAGUCCAACAAGAACAUCUGGGAUGAAUUCAUCACAUGCUCGACCUAGCACCAAUACCUCGACCGAAGCCUCACCAUAUGUAUUUGGGUCUUUCAAGCCUCUGAACUUUGAUGUGAACACGUCUAGACCUGAUAUGGAACGGAGGGGAGACUACUCGUCAUCAAAACACUCGUCUCGAGAGAUGGUUCCCAGACCGUUGAUCGAACAAGUUGGCGGUGGUUCAAGCGUGGAAAUGCAAAGACGAAUGUCAGUCAGAGGAGGUAAUCCGGCUGCCCAUUCAUCCAGGGAGUUUCCACCUCGCCCAGGGUCAGAAGACACUGUUUUCAAAGCAUCAGAAGAUUCAGAUUCAGGUCCUUUCACUGGGACGGGCCUGUUGGCUCGCAGUGGCACGCAACGAUCACAGGGAGGUCGGCGUUCUGGACGAGGAGUGUCAGGGGUGGCAGGGAGACCUUUGGUUGAGUUGGAAGCCACCAGUGAGUUUGCGGAUGGUAGUUUACUUCGAAAGAUGGAAGUGAUUGCAGCGCAACAGGGUGGAAUGGGUCCUAAGAUUGACAGGAAUAAACGGAGAGAAAUCACUGCGCGAGUUGGCGAGGGGUUCUAGAAUGGGUGAUUUUGUGUGCAUGUCUGGGGGCAUUGAGCAGGACUAGGAUGAGGAUGAUCAAGACGAGGUGAAAUGAGAUUAGAGGAUACGACUAUGAUACUGGAGAUGAGCAAUGCCAUGGAUGAACUCG